AUGGGCUCUAUUGCUGUCUCUCAGGACGAGCUCCCUCAUGCUCACGCCGGCCUCCGGGCCGCCAAGCAACGGGCAGCAGCAGCAGCCGCUCAGCCCGCCGCCGCUGCCGGUGGUCUCGACAUCAUCGACGUGCGGCGUGUUGCGGUUGAAACAAACUUGAAAGACGACAUCAUCUCCAUGUGGAACCCCACAAACGGACCCCGGAGGCUGCCGACCCUGCUCCUCUACAACGAACGGGGCCUGCAGUUGUUCGAGGAUAUCACAUAUCUGGACGAGUACUACCUCACCAACAAUGAGAUCGAGGUUCUCGAGAAGAAUUCGAGAGAGAUUGCUCAGAACAUCGCAUCCGGGUCCAUGGUCAUUGAGUUAGGGACCUUUGAAGACGCCGGCAAGACCAUCGACUACUACGCCCUGGACCUCUCCCGGGAGGAGCUGGAGCGCACGUUGGCACAAGUGCCUAAGUUCCGUCACGUCCGCUGCCACGGCCUGCUCGGGACCUACGACGAUGGCCGGGAGUGGCUGAAGAAGCCCGCCAACCUGGCCCGCGCCAAGUGCAUCUUGAGCCUGGGGUCGAGCAUCGGAAACUUUGAACGCGACGAUGCCGCUGGCUUUUUGAAAUACUUUAGCGAUGUUCUCACUCAGUCGGACAAGCUGUUGAUCGGUCUGGACGGCUGCAGCGACCCGUCCAAGGUCUAUCAUGCCUACAAUGACAAGAAAGGAAUCACCCACGCGUUCAUCUUGAACGGUCUCGCCAAUGCCAACGAGAUUCUCGGCGAAGAGGCCUUCAAGCUCAGCGACUGGGAAGUCAUCGGCGAGUACGUCUACGACGAAGAAGGCGGUCGUCAUCAAGCCUUCUACUCGCCCGUUCGCGACACAUAUGUUAUGGGAACCCUCGUGAAGCAGCACGAGCGCAUCCAGGUUGAGCAGAGCCUGAAGUACUCCCAGCUGGGCGCCGAGAACUUGUGGAACAUGGCAGGCCUGAUCGAGACCAACUGCUGGGCCAAGGGCAACGAGCAUGGACUGCACAUGAUUACCAAGAGGAAGAUGCCUUUUAGCCUGCUUCCGGACCUCUACGCCUCCUCGUCGUGUCCGACUCUGGACGACUGGUCUGCGUUGUGGGCGGCAUGGGACGCGGUCACGCAGAAGAUGCUCCCGAGGGAGGAGUUGCUGGACCAACCCAUCAAGCUUCGCAACGCCUGCAUUUUUUACCUAGGCCACAUUCCGGGCUUCCUAGACAUCCAAUUGACGAAGACGACCAAGAAGCCUCCGACCGAGCCGGCCUACUUCCAGCCCAUGUUCGAGAGAGGCAUCGACCCGGACGUCGACAACCCCGAGAAGUGCCACUCCCACUCGGAAAUCCCCGAUGAGUGGCCCCCCGUCGAGCAGAUCCUCGAGUACCAGCAGCGGGUGCGUUCGAGGCUCCGGGACCAGUACAGGAGCGGCGUCGACAGGAUUCCCAGGGCCGUCGCCCAGGGGAUCUGGGUGGGCUUCGAGCAUGAGAUCAUGCACAUGGAGACGCUGCUCUACAUGAUGCUCCAGAGUGACAAGACCCUCCCGCCGCCCGACGUCCAGCGACCCGACUUUAAGCGUUUGGCCAACAAGGCCCGCCAGGCGCGGGUGGCCAACGAAUGGCACGACGUUCCCGCCCAGUCCAUCACCCUGGGGAUGAACGAGCCUGAGCUCGACGCUGGCAUCGACGGUUACUUUGGAUGGGACAACGAGAGACCGGCGAGAAAGGCGAAUGUUCACGCCUUCCAGGCCAAGGGUCGACCUAUCACCAACGAGGAGUACGCGCAAUACAUGUUCGAGAACCACAUCAACAAGGUCCCCGCGUCAUGGGCUGCCGCCGAGUCAGACUUCAAGAAGACCGUCGACGCCAACGGCCAGGUGUACCUGACGAAUGGUCAAACGAAUGGCCACACGAAUGGUCAUACCAACGGCCACACUAACGGCCACACCAACGGCAAUCUCAAUGGACACACGGACGGCAUGGCUAACGGUCAUCUCAACGGCGGCCAUCACCACGGAGUCAACGACCUUCCCGACUCGUUCCUCGACGGCAUCGCCGUCCGCACGGUCCACGGCCUGGUGCCCCUCAAGUACGCGCUGGACUGGCCCAUCUUCGCGUCUUACGACGAGCUCUCGGGCUGCGCGGCGUGGAUGGGCGGGCGCGUGCCGACGUUCGAAGAGGCCCGCAGCAUCUACACCUACGUCCACAACACCAAGAGGAUGGAGGCCGAGCGCACUCUCGGGAGGACGGUCCCGGCCGUCAACGGACACCUGUCGAAUGACGGGGUCGAGGAGACGCCCCCAAAGCCCGGGUCCCUCGAGGCCAGCGAGGCUCGUUCGGAGCUCUUCGUGGACCUCGACGGUGCCAAUGUCGGAUUUCAGCAUUGGCACCCCGUCCCCGUGACGGCCGACGGUGGCCGCCUCGCGGGGCAGGGCGAGUUCGGCGGCGUCUGGGAGUGGACCAGCUCGCCCCUCGCCCGGCACGAGGGCUUCGAGCCCAUGCCGCUGUACCCCCAGUACACAUCCGACUUCUUCGACGGCAAGCACAACAUCGUCCUCGGGGGGUCUUGGGCGACGCACCCCCGCAUCGCCGGACGACGUUCGUUCGUGAACUGGUACCAGCGCAACUACCCCUUUGCCUGGUGCGGAGCCAGGCUCGUGAGGGACGCCAACUAG